GAUAACAACCACAGAGAUCAGAGUGAGGGCAAGAUUUCUAUAUAAAUCCCAUGCCCAUCAGCCAAAAAGAAAAUAAGCUUUCCAAGAGUUGGUCAAAAUGUCUAGAUAUUGGAUUGAGCUCCUUGUCAUUGCUAGUUUAGCUUGCCUAUACACAUGCUCAUCAGGAGUAGAGAUUUCAUAUGAUUCAAAUGCCAUCAUUAUCAAUGGAGAGAGGCGGGUGAUAUUGUCGGGCUCAAUCCAUUAUCCACGCAGCACCGUGGAGAUGUGGCCGGAUCUUAUUCAAAAGGCAAAGGAUGGUGGGCUUGAUGCAAUAGAAACAUACGUCUUCUGGGAUCGCCAUGAGCCUCAACGCCGCAAGUAUGAUUUCUCAGGAAAUCUAGACUUCAUUAAGUUCUUCAAGUUGGUUCAAGAAGCUGGACUCUACGUCGUUCUACGCAUUGGUCCUUAUGUAUGUGCAGAAUGGAACUAUGGAGGUUUCCCUAUGUGGUUACACAAUUUGCAGGGUGUUCAGCUAAGGACAGAUAAUGAGGUGUACAAGAAUGAAAUGCAAACAUUCACAACCAAGAUAGUGAAUAUGUGCAAACAAGCAAACUUGUUUGCUCCACAAGGGGGUCCAAUAAUCAUUACGCAGAUUGAAAACGAGUAUGGCAACAUCAUGGGACCUUAUGGAGAAGCUGGAAAAUCCUACAUCCAAUGGUGUGCUCAAAUGGCCACAUCGCUCAAUGUUAGUGUCCCUUGGAUUAUGUGCCAACAACCAGACGCUCCACAAUCCAUGAUAAAUACUUGCAAUGGUUUUUAUUGUCAUAAAUUUACACCAAACAAUCCUAAAAGUCCGAAAAUGUUCACUGAGAAUUGGACUGGAUGGUUCGGGAAUUGGGGUGGCAAAGAUCCCUUCAGAACUGCUGAAGAUUUGGCAUUCUCAGUUGCACGAUUUUUCCAACUCGGUGGAGUUUUCAACAACUAUUAUAUGUACCAUGGAGGAACCAACUUUGGACGCACAGCUGGAGGUCCAUACAUCACAACUUCUUAUGACUACAAUGCUCCACUUAAUGAAUAUGGAGAUUUCAAUCAGCCUAAAUGGGGGCAUCUCAAGGAUCUCCAUGCUGCCAUCAAACUAGGAGAAAAGAUACUCACUACUGGCAAUAGGACUGACAAACAAUAUGGCGACGGGGUUUAUUUGUCUACAUACACUAACGCUAACAAUGGGAGCAGAUUCUGUUUCUUGAGCAAUUCAGACACUUCAAAAGAUGCCAACGUUGACUUACAACAAGAUGGUAAGUACUUUGUGCCUGCUUGGUCUGUCAGCAUUCUUGAAAAUUGUAACAAGGAAGUCUACAACACUGCAAAGGUUAAUGCUCAAACAUCCAUUUAUGUUAAGAAACAGGCUAGUAAUAGUGGUGGUGAACCACUUUCUUGGAUGUGGGCACCAGAGGCCAUGAAAGACACUCUACUAGGAAAAGGUAAAUUCAAAGCAUCUCUACUCCUUGAACAAAAGCAAACUACAGUUGAUUCCAGUGACUACUUGUGGUACAUGACUAGAGUUGACAUGAAUGAUCCAUCAUCUUCUUUGAAGAAUGUGACUUUGCGCGUAAACACCCGAGGUCAUGUUAUUCAUGCUUUUGUUAACCGGAAAUUCGUUGGUUCUCAAUGGGGCACUAAUGGCAAAUACAAUUUUGUGUUUGAGAAACCUGUAUCUCUAAAGCAAGGGGCUAACACCAUAACUUUACUCAGUGCCACAGUUGGAUUGCAAAAUUAUGGUUCUUUUUUUGAUACGGUGCCUGUUGGUAUAGUGGGGGGUCCCGUAGAAUUGAUUGGAGGCAGUACUACCUGGAAUAUAUCAUCGAACCAAUGGAGUUACAAGGUAGGAUUGGUUGGUGAGGCCAAACAAAUGUAUAAUCCAAAUAAAGCCCAUCAGAAGAGGUGGAGAACCUCACAGAAUGUUCCUGUAGGGAAACAACUGACAUGGUAUAAAACCACUUUCAAAACCCCUUCUGGUACAGACCCUGUGGUUGUGGACUUGCAAGGUAUGGGCAAAGGGCAUGCUUGGGUGAAUGGGAACAGCAUUGGGCGCUUUUGGCCUUCAUUCCUUGCUGAUGCCAAUGGAUGCAGUGAUUCAUGUGAUUAUCGUGGAGAGUACAAAUCUGAUAAAUGUGUGUCAAACUGUGGCAAUCCAUCCCAAAGGUGGUACCAUGUUCCCAGAUCAUUCCUCAAUAAUGACAAAAACACUUUGAUUUUGUUUGAAGAAAUAGGUGGGCAAACCAUCUCAGAAAUCAAAUAUGCAAGCUAUGGAGACCCUCAAGGAAAGUGUGGUUCAUUCAAGAAAGGUUCUUGGGAGGCUAGCAACAGUUUCUCUGUUGUGGAAACGGCAUGCAUUGGGAGGGAGAGUUGUUCCAUCCCUGUGUCAGCUGCAACAUUUCAGAUAACAAACCUUGGCACUGGCAAUGGAAGACUAGCAGUGCAAGCAAUCUGCUAA